AUGUUAAGAACAUUUAAGUUUUGCACAGAAUUUACUACCACACAAUUCCUAAAACUAAGCAAUCUUUAAUUAAGUGUAAUAAUAAUAAAUAAUAUAUUAUAAAAGACAUUAAAUGAUAAGAUUGAGAAUUUUGAGAAUGUGGAAACUUCAUUGUCAGAUGGUGUACUUAAUAUUCAUUUAUAAAAUGGGAAAUCAUUUGUUAUUAAUAGAUAAACACCAAAUAAAUAAUUAUGGUACUCAUCUCCAAUUAGUGGACCAUAACGAUUUAAUUAUAUUAAUGGGAAAUGGGUAAAUUCAAAACAAAUAGAAAUAGAGAAUUAGUUAUUAAAUGAAAUUAAUUUAUUAUUAAUAAAAUGA